GGGGUGAGUGAUGUGAGUAAGUUAGGAGAGGUAGUGGUAGCAUGUGCAGGAGUGUUAAUAGCAUGGUGGAUGUCCGGUUGUGCCCUGUGGAAAUAAUAAAUAAAGUGAGCAAGUUGUAACUAAUCGACGGCCUCGUCCUUCUGACCAAAGAGCGGAGCUUUAUGGACCCAGUGUUACCCCCGACAAAACAUGGGCCCUGGAGGUGUACGUCUCCCCUGUGUUCCUCGACCACGGUCUGGGAGCCCACAAACAGGGUGUAAAGGUGUAAGGCAACCCUUGCAGAGCGGCGGCUCCCUGUUUAAAGUGUCACCUUUGUUAGUUUAGAAGCCCAAAUACCUCCAUAUUGCACUUCACGCACCCUCUUUAUUAACCAGUAGAAUUGUCCUUUGUUGCCUUUCUUCCUCUCCACCAUGUUAUUGCUUGUAUGCACUUUGUGUGUGCGUUUUGACACACUCAACAUCAUGCGCCUCGGCUCUGUAGUCACCGCCGCACAGCAGCAUUCAGAUGAAAGAACGGUAGCGGUACUUUUCAAAGGUGGUAUAGUACCGGUUUCAAUUGAUUAGUACCGCGAUACUUUAUUAGUAGCGGUAUACUGUACAACCCUACUACACACACAUACAGUACAUAGAAGAAAGUGUGUUUUUGUUGUUUGUGUCUUGCAGACGUCCAGCAGCUGAUCGGUAAUCCAGAAGAAGUUUCCCCUCAGUUAGGGGGGAGCUCCACUUUGAAGCAGGAGACUCCACAACCACCCUGCAUUAAAAAGGAAGAGGAGGAACUCUGCAUCACUCAGGAGGGAGAGUGUCUUCUAGGACGAGAGGAAGCUGAUUACACCAAGUUUCCACUGAGUAUUCUCUCUGUGAAGACUGAAGAUGAUGAAGAGAAACCACAAGCAGACAACAUCUUAGCUCCACCAUCAGAUAGUGAGGCUGAAGACGAGGUUGAAGAACCUUUGAGCAGCGAUACAGACUGUGAAGGUGAUAUGAGGACUCACACUGACAACAAACACUCUGAAUGCUCUUCAAAGAAGAGAGGUAAAACAUGUUUGAGCUGCUCAGUUUGUGCUGAAAGUUUUACUAAAAAGAGCCUUUUGACUGUACACAUGAGAACACACAAAGGUGAAAAACCAUUUAAUUGUUCAGUUUGUGGCAAAAGCUUUUCUCAAAAAGGCCAUUUGACUCAACACAUGAGAACACACACAGGUGAAAAACCAUAUAAGUGUUCAUUUUGCGGCAAAAGCUUUUCUAAAAAAAGCUCUUUGACUGAACACAUGAGAACACACACAGGCGAAAAUACAUUUAAGUGUUCAGUUUGUGGCAAAAGCUUUUCUAUUAAGAGGUAUUUGACUGAACACAUGAGAACACACACAGGUGAAAAACCUUUUAGUUGUUCAGUUUGUGGCAAAAGCUUUUCUCUAAAAUGCCAUUUGACUCCACACAUGAGAACACACACAGGUGAAAAACCUUUUAGUUGUUCAGUUUGUGGCAAAAGCUUUUCUGAUAAGGGCCAUUUGACUCAACACCUGAGAACACACACAGGAGAAAAACCAUUUAGUUGUUCAGUUUGUGGCAAAAGCUUUUCUGAUAAGAGCCAUUUGACUCAACACAUGAGAACACACACAGGAGAAAAACCAUUUAGUUGUUCAGUUUGUGGCAAAAGCUUUUCUGAUAAGAGCCAUUUGACUCAACACAUGAGAACACACACAGGAGAAAAACCAUUUAGUUGUUCAGUUUGUGGCAAAAGCUUUUCUGAUAAGAGCCAUUCGAUUCAACACAUGAGAACACACACAGGUGAAAAAUUUAGUUGUUCAGUUUGUAGCAAAAGCUUUUCUGUUAAGAGCCAUUUGACUGAACACAUGAGAACACACACAGGUGAAAAACCAUUUAGUUGUUCAGUGUGCUGUAAAAGGUUCCCACGUAAUGCAGACGCAGUAAAACACAUGAGAACGCACAAGGGAAAAUAACCAAUUAGCUGUUUAGUUUGUGGUAUGUUGCUCAUAUGUGGUGACAUCCACCCUACCCAGGACCUCCUCACUGCUUCUUUCACAAAUAUCUGAGGUAUUCAUACAAACUUGGAUUAUUUGGAGCAUAAUCUUAUCUGCUCAUGACCCCAUGUCUUCUCUGUAUCUGAAACCUUCCUGAAAAGUAAGAUAGAUGAUGCUUCAAGUGCUUGGUUACUCCUUCAGUCGAGGGACCUGGGGCCUCGUGUUAAGUUUGUGCACGCUCAAAAACCUGGUUUGUUGAGUUAGCACAGGAUUAAUAUGUGGAAAUGACAAAUGAGGUAGUUGAUACAUAGAAUAGUUUUUAUUCAUGGUUUUUGUUUUUUGUUCAAUCCUAGAUGGGUUGUGACUUAAAGUUUAAUUGCUUUGUAGAAACACUGAGAUUAAGUCUAAGUUCAUUGUGUUCUUCAAGGUGUUUUUGAAGGGUUUUGUUUCCUCAAAAUGUUUAACUAACUUGAAGUGUUUUGUCAAGAGGAUUGUUUGUGAUAUGUACAUUUUCAGAAUGUGCUUGUUCUAUUUUGGGCUGAAUUAAAAUAAAGAAAACAAUCUGAAGUUGUUGUAGUCGUAUUUUUAUUUUUAUUUUUUUUAUUUUUUUAUUUUUAUUUUUUUUAUAAUGUCCUGCCCAGCUUCUCGGGCAAAUCAUAUAGCAGAUGUAGAUGCCCAUAUCGGCUGUUCAGAUUUACUUUACAAAAGAGAAGUGUAGGAUA